GUUUGGUGCUCAGAAAAAAAAAAAAAAAAAAACAUUUGUCAAUUUUUUUCUCUUUCUUUAACUCCUCUCUCUUGGGAAUCCCAGAUCUCCAAACCAGUGUUCAAGCCCCACCUUCAUAUGGUCCGUAAGAGAUCUCAACUUUCGACCCAUCAUCUAAAAUUUCUUCCUUUCUUCUUCUUUUUCUUGUCUAUGUCUUUUUGAAUUCUCUUCCUUUCUUCUUGGGAUCCAAGGUUCUAGAUGGCAAAACCAAGUUCAGCUGAUGGUAGGACUAGAAGUUCUGUGCAGAUCUUUAUAGUAGUUGGUCUGUGCUGUUUCUUCUAUAUUUUAGGUGCGUGGCAGAGAAGUGGUUUCGGAAAGGGAGAUAGCAUAGCAUUGGAGAUUACUAAGACUAACACAGAAUGUAAUAUAGUUCCAAAUUUAAGUUUUGAUUCCCACCAUGGUGGAGAAGUUAACGAAUUUGAUGAAGCUGAUUCAAAGCCUAAGGUAUUUGAGCCAUGUGCUGCUCGCUAUACCGAUUACACUCCCUGUCAAGAUCAAAAGCGUGCCAUGACCUUUCCUAGAGAAAACAUGGUCUAUAGAGAGAGACACUGCCCCCCAGAAGAAGAGAAGUUGCAGUGUAUGAUCCCUGCACCCAAGGGGUAUGUAACACCAUUUCCAUGGCCGAAGAGCCGUGAUUAUGUUCCGUAUGCUAAUGCUCCCUACAAGAGCCUUACAGUUGAGAAGGCUAUUCAGAAUUGGAUCCAAUACGAGGGAAAUGUGUUCAAAUUCCCUGGUGGCGGAACCCAAUUUCCUCAAGGUGCUGAUAAAUAUAUUGAUCAAAUUGCAUCUGUGAUACCUAUAACAAAUGGAACAGUGAGGACAGCACUAGACACUGGUUGUGGGGUUGCGAGUUGGGGUGCAUAUCUUUGGAGCAGAAAUGUUAUUGCCAUGUCGUUUGCACCAAGGGACAAUCAUGAAGCACAAGUACAGUUUGCUCUUGAAAGGGGUGUCCCUGCUAUUGUUGGUGUUUUGGGGUCCAUAAAGUUGCCUUAUCCUUCUAGAGCCUUUGAUAUGGCUCAUUGUUCUCGCUGUUUGAUUCCUUGGGGAGCAAAUAAUGGAAUUUAUAUGAUGGAAGUUGAUCGAGUUCUAAGGCCUGGUGGUUAUUGGGUGCUUUCGGGUCCUCCAAUCAAUUGGAAGGCUAACUACAAAUCCUGGCUGAGACCUAAGGAAGAACUUGAGGAAGAGCAAAGAAAGAUUGAAGAGACUGCUAAGCAACUUUGCUGGGAGAAGAGGUCAGAGAAGGCUGAAAUGGCCAUUUGGCAAAAGGUUGUAGACUCUGAAUCAUGUCAAAGGAGAAAAGAUGAUUCUAGUGUGGAAUUUUGCGAGUCCUCAGAUGCCGAUGAUGUCUGGUAUAAGAAAAUGGAGGCCUGCAUUACUCCCACUCCUAAAGUUACUGGCGGGAAUCUUAAACCAUUUCCAAGCAGGCUAUAUGCCAUUCCUCCCAGAAUUGCUAGUGGCUUAGUUCCUGGAGUUUCCUCUGAGACAUACCAGGAUGAUAACAAAAAGUGGAAAAAACACGUAAAAGCUUACAAGAAAACUAAUAGACUGUUGGACUCGGGAAGGUAUCGCAACAUUAUGGAUAUGAAUGCUGGAUUGGGUAGUUUUGCAGCAGCUAUUCAUUCUUCAAAGUUAUGGGUCAUGAAUGUUGUGCCUACUAUAGCUGAGGCGAAUACACUGGGUGUGAUAUACGAGCGAGGACUUAUUGGCAUCUAUCAUGAUUGGUGUGAAGCCUUUUCAACAUAUCCAAGGACAUAUGACCUUAUUCACGCCCAUGGUGUCUUUAGUCUGUACAAGGAUAAAUGCAAGGCCGAAGAUAUACUUCUGGAGAUGGACCGGAUUUUGCGACCAGAAGGUGCUGUCAUAUUCCGCGACGAAGUAGAUGUGCUAAUUAAGGUAAAGAAAAUAGUUGGAGGAAUGAGAUGGGACACUAAAAUGGUUGACCAUGAGGAUGGUCCUCUUGUUCCUGAGAAGGUGCUUGUUGCUGUCAAGCAGUAUUGGGUUACUAAUUCCACAUCAACACAAUAAGCCACUAUAUCAAAGUUGAAGAACUGGCUUGGCCUUUGGCUGCCAGUACAUUUCUCUAUACGAUCUUCACAGAAUUCAUAUUGUGGCUCAAUUGGUCAUUGCAAUUUGCAACUGUGGCACAGAAGAGGGGUUUGAUGGAGUUUUGCACGAUUGUCACUUACCUAAGGUUUCCUGUGUUGUUAAUUUAUUGAUGAAGAAAGCUACAAAGCUAUGCUUAAGGUUUAUGCAUGCCACUUGCCAUUUUUUGGUCUUAGUUAGUUAUCUUGGACAUUACUACAUUCCGAAGAAAACACGGUCUCUCUCCUUUGUUAAUUAAUUAUAUUAUAUUCCUUAUUUAAAUGUUUUAAUUUGUACACCGAAAAAGUUCUUUUUUUAUUAUUAUUCUUAAUUGAGUUGUAAUCUCUAUUGGCCCAAUGUAUUUCAUUGUAUUGUGGACACUUCAUUUUUUUUAGCCAUCCUAAUUAUGGCAUUUGGCUCUUUGGUGGGAUUUCAAGUUAUCUUACAAGCUUUGAUCA